UUGAUAAACACUGGAUUUGGUGACAGUGUUGGGAAUGUGGCGCCAUUAAACAGCUGAUAAGGUCAAAGACUUCCCAAAAAUUAAAUACAAAAGAAAUUAAGUCUGCUUACUGUGCAAGAAAUAGAAAGGACGUACUCAAAACUUCCCAGUGCUGUGCAGAAACAUAAAACCCGAGGGCCCAUGGAAUCGGAUGCGCUGGACAAGGAGAGUGCGGCGGCAGCUUUGAAAAAGUUAACGCAAGGUGAAAGUCCCGAAAGUGCGGCAAAGGUGGGUGGUGGGGUGGUUGGGUCGAAGGGGGAGACGGAGGUUGGGGCCCCGCCAACAAAGAGACAAAAGACUGUAGAGGCAGCCAUUGAGCAGGAGGAAGAGGACGACAAUGAGGAGGAGUAUCUGGAGGAUGAGGAGAGCGAAGAGGAGGACGAUGACGAUGAUGACUCUGAUGGUGUCGACGAGGAUGGAGUUCCUCAAUUAGUACCCAUGGAACGGGUGCAGAGCACUCAAAAUAGUCUGCGUGCCUUUAGGCGCAUUCCCGUCUUCAUUGUGGACUAUCACAACGACGUCUUGGAGUUCAUCUAUCGCUGCCUGGGAACUCGUCACCUGCCACUGGAGGGCAACACCCUGGUGCACUUUGAUUCUCAUCCGGACAUGGUCAUACCCAGGCACAUACCAGCCAGUUCGGCCUACGACAAGGACGCCAUGCUCAACGAGCUGAGCAUCGAGAACUGGAUCAUGCCGACCCUCUAUGCAGGCCACUUCAGUCGCGUGGUGUGGCUAAAGAACUCGUGGUGCCAGCAGCUGCCAACUGGACGCCACGACUUUAAGGUCGGCCACAAAGAGGACCGCAUCGGCGUGGACUGUCCGCUGGACUACUUCAUAGCUGAUGGCAACUAUUGCACCACCGAGGAUCUCCAGGAGCCCAAGAGCGUCGAGCUGCAGGUUCACGAUGCCGACAACGAAAAUCUCGAUCCCAAGCACUUUCUCACAGAAAAGGACGCCAAGGGCUUUGUCCUGGACAUCGACUUGGAUUUCUUCAGCACCUCCAACCCGUUCCUAGAGAUCUACAAAGACGCCGAUUGUUACAAUCAGCUGAAGGAGAUAUUCCACUUCGAGAGCGUCGAGGUGGUCAAGAAAGCAGGCACUGCCUCCAUAGAGGACUACUUGGCCACGGCGGAUAGAAGGCAAACCCAAUUGGAUGCUUUGAAGCGAAUUUUCUGGCACCUCGAAGAUCAGCGUAAUUUUGAUGGACUGGAAAAACCCGAUGAGUCGGUCAUUACUCCUGAGAUCUACGCCAAGAUAGUCCGACUGGCUGAAACGCUUCAGGAGAAGUAUCCGGACGACGAGAUCGACUGGCAUUUGAUCUUCGAUUCGGGCAGCACCACCGAUAACAAUGGCUUACCCCACCACAUCAGCACUUCCGAGGAGCUGGAGGCGUACUUUGCGAAUUUUAAACGAUUUCUCGAGCGAUUGCCAGUUCCUCCAGUGGCCAUAACGAUGGCACAUUCGGCUCAGGAUGAUUAUUGUCCCCAGGAUCAGGUGGCCUUUAUCGAGGAUCGGGUGCUGCGACUGUUGCAAGAGGUAUUCCGUGAGAAGCUGCACGAGAAGGCCAUAUUGCACUACAUGGACGAUCCCUGGGAUGUGAUGAAGCUAUAAGCACACGGGGUUUUCCCCACCAACCAUCUCGAAUUGGUUCAAUAUAAAUUUUAUACAACUUUUUUGGUUUUUACAUUUGUCUAGCCAACGUUUGGUUGGGAAGAUCAAACUAAACAGAUCCCCAAGUAGUGAUUCCAAAACGAAAACUCAAUGAUGGAUAAUCCAUUUACGAUUAUAAUAUUUUUUACUUUUAAAUAUACGAAACGUAUUUAUUAUAAACAGACCAUAAAAA